CAUACAUGUGUAUCUUUCAGUCGGGCCAUCCCCUCCAGCAGCAGUGGUGGACUACAACUCCUUCACUCCUCAGAUAGGAUGUUUCUGUGGGCAGGAAGUAAAGCAUCAGCUGGAGGAAGUGAUCGCAGAUCCAUCUAUCAGAAGAUUCGUGAAUAUGACGUCCUGGACAAGAGGAAGACGAUGACAGCUCUGAGGGCAGGGGAGGACAGAGCCAUCCUGCUGGGCCUCAGCAUGGUCCUGCUCUCUGUCAUGAUGUACUUUGUCGUGGGAAUAACCAUCCUGCGCUCUUACUCUGACAGUUUAUGGACAGGUGAAGCUAGCUGCACUAUUGUGAACUCCACCAUCGUGUGGGAUGUGAACUGUUCCUAUGGCUGUGGAGCAGAGUGCUGGAAAAAGUCCCGUUACCCCUGUCUGCAGGUCUAUGUCAGCCUCAACUCCUCAGGGAAGGUGAUGCGACUGUUUCACAAUGAGGAGACACAGGACAGCAAUCCUGAGUGCUUCUACACCCCAAAGUGCCGGAAGGACUACUCAGCCACACACGCUGUAGUUCAGAACAUUUCUGAGCGUCUCAGGUCUCAGCACACUGUUCAGUGUUUUGUGGACCCAACAGACAGAAUGGACAGCGCCAUCCUGACUCAGAUCUACGGUCGGGUUGCCGUCUUCCACUCCUUGUUCUGGCCGACCUGCACACUGGCUGGAGGGACCAUGAUCAUCGCCAUGGUGAAGCUGACUCAGUCCUUGUCGAUCAUGUGUGAGGGAGUUAGCCGCAUAAAGAGGUGAAGGAAGUUCCUGUUAUAUGGACACAGCAUGGAGAACUAAAGCAGCUACGUGGGGCCAAUAAUGAAAGACACAAAGGAAAAGGAGCAGUCUGUCGAUGAAUGCUGAAAUACUGGGAUUCCCGAUCAAUCUGAAAGCAGACUCAAGGGGGUCAAACUGUUUUGAGUCUGGGGUGAAAUCCAUAUUUGGAGAGGACACUUGUUUGAAACAUGACAUUAUCAUUUCCAUAAUUUGUUGGCCAGUCUAAGGAUUUUUGAGAAAAUGUUUUUAAGUACCUAUUUUACAUUCUACUGUUUUGUUUGGCUGAAUUUUAUAGGUCAAGUACUUUGUAGCAAAUAUUCUUGUCCUCUUUUGGGAGUUAGAUGAGACCACUCUUUUAUAUGUUGAUUAAAUAUGAAGCUACAGCCAACCACUAGCUAGUUUAGCUACAUUUAGCACAAAAUCUGUAAAGGCAUGGAAGGAGCUGGUCCAUCUCUGUCCAAAGGUAACAAAUGAUCCACCGACUAGCACCUGUGAUUCUUACUUCACUUACUUGUUACAUUUUGUUUGUUGAAUACAAGCUUGUUGUUCCCCCAGCUAUCAAUCACGGUGCUAAUGUUGCUAACAUGCCACUGUCUGUAACUUUGUAUAUUUAGCAUACAGACUUGCAUCUGAACUUCAUCAAGAACACAAGCACAUAAAAACAAAAAAUA